GUCAAGCAAGACCAUCAUCAAUCUUCCGCAAGAGAAACCUCUCACUCACCCAUCCUCACCUCUCAGACUCCCCAACUAGGGUUACCGUCAAUGCUCCCCCUCCGCAGCCGACCAGGCCUGCUCUCCCGCCGUCUUUUCUCCCCACUCAGAACCACCCUCCCAUCCAGAAUGUCAUCCACCUCCGCGACCCCGAUGGAGGAUACGAUCCGCGAGAGGAUAACAGCCGCCUUCUCCCCCUCAACCCUCAUAAUCCGCAAUGACUCGCACCUGCACGCGCACCACGCCCCGAUGCAAGGCGUAACUUCGAAAGAGACGCAUUUCCAUGUCACGAUCACAUCCUCUGCUUUUCAGUCGAAGAUGCAGCCUGCGCGGCAUCGGAUGGUCUACUCUCUGCUUAAGGAUGAGAUCAGCCGCGAGGGCGGAAUCCAUGCUUUGCAGUUGCGGACGAGGACGCCGGAGGAGGAGGAGCGGGAGAAGUCUAGACAGUCGCAGGCGUAGGGCAGUGGUAUGCUGCGGUCGAGGUCUGGUGGCUGUUACGGAUAUUCUGGGUUGAUAGACCCGAAUCGGUGACUGGGUAAGGUUCUCUGUAUAUAUCUAUACUUUCGUAAUGAAUUAGAGUUCGAUUAUUA